AUGGACAAUAAACACAUUGAAACCAUUCGUGGCCUUGAACUUAAACUAUUAGGAAUAAACUACAAAAUAAAAAAUAAUGCAACCAAGGAACACAUUGAGAAGGAAGUAAUUCCAGACAUCGAAAGGGUUGCUAGGGUGGCUAAAAGCACGGCAAACACAAUUGAAACACAAAAUGGACAAACAAGGCAAGAACUCCAAAGUUUAAGAAAAGAAAUGGGAAAAAUGAAAACAAAACAUGACAAUUUGUGCAAUAGGUUAGGCCUUCCUGAGAGGAAAACAGCAAAACUUGAAUUGGAGAAUACUAAAUUGCAAAUUGAAAAAGAUAAAGUGUUAAAUGAUAAUAACCGCCUUAGAAAAAUAAAUCACAACCUGAUGGAGAAGCUGAAAGAAGCGUUUAAGGAAGAAAUUGAAGCCUCCCAGGAUAUAUUUGCAGAUUCAGAUUCAGAUUUCAAGGAAGAAGAUAAUGGAAACCCAACGCAACCUUGUUCUUCGACUGAUAACAAAAAAUGUGAUGACAACAACAACACCAAUUCUGCCUAACAAUAGCCAUGUCACUAUAAAAAACUGAGCCAUGUCCUGUAUAACAAUAUAACACUUUAUUGAAAUCCCUGCAUCAUUUUUUAUUUUCAGUGCCUUUAUUUCCAUUAAACUGCAUAUGAAAUUGAUACACAUACA